CUGGACAGGGCUUGGAGCAACCUGGGAGAGUGGAAGGUGUCCCUGCCCAUGGCAGGGCUGGCACUGGGUGGUCAUUAAAGUCCCUUCCACCCAGACCAUUCCACGUCUCUAUGACUCUGUGUUGCCCCUCCCUGCCAUGCCCAGCACUCAGAACUGUUCCCUCUGUGACAGCAGCCCUGGCUGGGGCACUGUGAGCACCACAAAGGCUGUGGGUGCUGUGGCGGUAGCCGUGCUAUAGGUGACACCUCGGUUCUGGCUCUGCCACCUGUGCUGGCACCAAUGGCUCUUCUGUGGCUGCUCGUCCUGCUGGCCCUGGCCAGGCCUGUGUGGGGCAGCUGGGACACCUGCAGAGGGACCUGCGGGCUCCGGCCCUUGGCCUCUGACCACAGCUCUGCAGUUCUCGACUACGACUCCAUGACUUCUGCUGCUGACAUGUCCCGUGUUGUGGGUGGCACCGGUGUCCAGCCAGGGGCCUGGCCCGGCAUCGUCAGCAUCCAGGCCACCUGGGAGAACGGCACGUGGCACAUGUGCUCGGGUGUCCUCCUCAGCUCCCAGUGGGUGCUCACGGUCGCACACUGCUUCGCCAGGGCCGGGGGCAUCUCCAUGUGGAAGGUGGUGAUGGGGGCCUCAGAUCUGACUCAGAUGGGCCCUGAGGCUGAGGUGAGACACAUCCAGAGGCUCCUGGUGCACCAGCACUACGUGGCUGCCACGGCCAGGAACGACAUCGCCCUGCUGGAGCUGGACCAGCCCGUGGAGUGCAGCGACUACAUCCAGCUGGGCUGCGUGCCCGACGCCUCGCUCAGGGUGUCGGAGCUGAAAUCCUGCUACAUCGCCGGCUGGAACUUUGCCAGAGCUCAAGGAACAGGCAUGGUGCUGCAGGAGUCCAAGGUCCACCUCAUGGACACGGAGCUCUGCAACAGCAGCCCAUGGUAUGCAGGGGCUGUUCAUGCUGACAACCUGUGUGCUGGGUACCCACAGGGUGGUAUUGACACCUGCCAGGGGGACAGCGGGAGUCCCCUCGUCUGCAAGGACAAUGAAGCUGACUACUACUGGCUUGUGGGAUUGAACAGCUGGGGAAGAGGCUGUGACAGAGCCAGGCACCCUGGGAUCUACACCUCCACUCAGCACUUCUACAACUGGAUCCUGCUCCAGACGGGCCUGAGCCCAGCAGAAAGAGCUGGUCCAGCACCAGAGCCAGUCAUCACCUCGGCCCCUGAGGAGGAGCCUGAGGAACAUAUCAGCUUGAACCCUGAGUACAGCCAGAGACCAGCAGUGACAUCCUCAGGCACGUCACUGUCCAUGGCAUUCCCCCACCAGAUCCUGAUGCAAUUCCGGAAUCUGCUGCAGGAAUUCCUACAGUUUCAGAAGGACAAAACAGCCUGAGCAGCAGCGGGAUGAGCAGGAUCCAGGGCUACAGUGGAUCAUGGCAGUUCCUGCUGGGCCAAAGGUAGCCUUGGGGCCAGAGGCUUCUCUGUCCUGCCCACGCUGCUGCACUGUGGCCACAGCAAUGCUGUCGUGACCAAGGUGUUGAAGUAAAGCUUCUAUGUUCACCAUUAA